ACCAGACAGUCCUUUUUGAAAUGACUCGAUUCACCGAGGCCUGUCAUCUAACCUAACUCUAGUUCUGUUUUGAAAUAGUGCAGCGAUUGGCUUCUAUCUGACAGGGGAUGUUCGAGAAACUUAGGAUAUCCAAUUUCUUCUUUUUGAUCCUGGCCUUCGUGAUGAUGAGCUUUUACGCCACGAAGUUUGCUUACCAUGAUCGAUUACCCAGGACUGAAAUGUACACAUGCAAGGUUAUACGAAUUCUAUGCUUUGGUGAUUCCUUAACGACAGGCGUCGUGAACGUAAAAACACUUGAGAGCUAUCCUUAUUCCAUCAAACUGCAAGAAUAUUUUGAUUCACACAAUAGUACAGCACUGGGUGUGUCAAAGCGACCUAUCUUCCAAGUACAAAACGCGGGAAUGCCUGGCGCCAGAGCGAAGGGUCAAAUGUUACCGCAUUUGGCUCAGAUAUUGCAACGUUCAAGAAUAAAGUACAGCUGGGUGAUCAUUCUUGCGGGAACCAACGACUUGAAUUCUGUGCUUGCACCCGGAAAAGGUAACCUUUCGUACAAUUCGAUGUCCAUAUUUAAUGCAAUAAUAAAGCUUCACAAUGUUACACAUAUGUUGGGAGCGAGAUCUCUGGCAGUUUCCAUCCCUGAUAGACAAUGUGAAGGAUUGGGAACAUGUACUAAGCUAAAGGACACCCAUAAAAAGAUUAACCAACUUCUUCGCGGCUUCGUAGCCAAGAGCAAGAAUAAAAUGCUUCUUGCUGAUUUAUGUAAACAUGUUUAUCUUCCUCGUGACCGCAAGCUGUGGAGUGAUCCGUUCCAUUUUACAAAACAGGGUUAUGAAAAGGUGGCAGAUAUCAUCUAUAACGCAAUGAGAGGACACAUUUGACGAAUAAAAACAAACUUGAUGAAAUAGGACGAAAGUGGGGUUGUCAUAAAGGUGUUAGUUGUUUAAAUAUAAUGUGAUGCUGGUUUUUGCACAUUUGUUGGCUGUCUGUUUUUUUCAGAUUUAAGAUUUGAUUCAGUUGAUAUUAACUUUAUUAGUUUUACGAUUUUUGUAAUUUGGAAUUCAGUAAAUGAUGGGUAGUAUUGAAAUAUUACACACAGAAAGAAAACUGUUUUCGUGCACAAAUAGGGAACCUCAGGUAAUUAUCCAUUCAAAGUUAUCAUCUUAGCGUCAUUUUUGGUUGUUAAAGCGCCUUUGAACACCAAACAAUUUUUUUUUCUUGUGAUCAGCAAAGACACGAGAUAAUGCUCCAUCACACUAACGAUGAUAAAAAAACAUCACCGAAUUGUUCUGAAAACCGAACUGAACAGACAUUUUCUGUUCUUCGCGCACCCAAAGAAGGCGACAUUUUUUUAAAACCCAUCUCUAUUGUUUGGCCUUCUCAUUUCACUCUUUGAAAAGCUACGAAAAUCAUUGUCAAGAAUGAUUUCAAUUUAAGCCAA